UUUCUGUAUUUGCGUUUGAUGCUAGUGUUUUUACUCUCUGUGUGUUCUGAGUGACAGUGUGUGUUGUCUCGAUGAGGAUUGUUCAAAAUGUUUCAGUGCACUGAGCCUGUUUUUAGAUGUGUGUGUGAAGAGUUGGGUUGUUUGGCAUGAGUUUUGCAGCUGAUGUGAACUGUUGAGCUCAGUUGACUGUUGGCAAUGCAGACUGUGGUAAGAGUUUUGUACAUGUGGUUUCAGAUGUGACCAGUGUCGUUUAGCAAUCGAAAAAAACUAUAACAGCAGCAGUGACAUGUGUUAGUGAUAAAACUGCAGUAGAAAAAAAGACUUACUAAAGUCUGCUGCAGACUUCACUAUGCCCUUUGAUAUGUCAGAGGAAUAGCAAAUUAAGGAAAUGUAGUCUCAUGAAAUACAUAAGACAUGAUAUGAAUGCAGAAGGUGUUUUGUGUUUCUGAGAAAUGUCUCUUGAUUAUUUCUGACCAUGUGUCAUUAGGUGGAUCAGCUGCAGAGCUCUCCACUAUCAAAGCCAACCUGACUGAGUGUCUCCAGGCCAGUGAUAACAAGCUGUCCUCCCUGACUGAAGAGAGAGACCGGCUGAACUCCAGGCUCACUGAAAUGGCUAAAGAGCUGGACAGGCUUCAACAGAAGAAAACAUGCCCUGCUGAAUGGAGGAUGUUCAGUUCUUCCUGUUAUCUCCUCUCUGCUGAGUCUGGUUCCUGGGAGAAAGGCAGACAAGACUGCAGAGACAGAGGAGCAGAUCUGGUGGUGAUAGAAAGCUCUGAAGAGCAGACGUUUCUCUCUAAAUUCAUCAAAAAAGAUACUUGGUAUUGGAUUGGUUUGACUGACAGAGAUGAGGAGGGGACCUGGAAAUGGGUAGAUGGAACUCCACUGACUCUGAAGAACUGGAGGAGAGAGCAGCCUGAUAAUUGCCGAGGAGAGCCACAGUGGGGCGAAGAGGACUGUGCACAUAUUGGACCUUACACCACUGAGUGAAAUGACCGGUCAUGUGAACAUGUUAUGUACUGGAUCUGUGAGAAAAAAGCUUAACCAUGGUAUGUUUUGAGAUCAUCUAUUUGAUAAUGCUUUUUACAGUGUAAGCUAUGAUCUCCGUCAUGAUGAGAUGAUGUGCAUGUGUGCUUGUGUGUCCAUAACAGGGUAUCAGUGAACACAAAAUACUGGGACUAAUAUGUAUGUAUAAAAUGCCUGAU